CUCGGGUCCUAUGAUUGAGGUGUUGCAGGCGAUUCGUUUUGAUGGUGGAGGGACUGACCUUCCUAGACUAGGUCUAUAGUAUAGGGUCAUAGGUUACCCCUCAAAAAAAAAAAAUAUAUAUAUAUAUAAUAAUAAUGCUAAGAAAAUCACUGUGGUCAGAGAUUAAGGUGGUGAGCAGCUUGCUUCACUCUGCUGCAGCUCAAGCUUUGGACCCCAUUCCUACUGCCUCGCCCAGCAGGGAAACGACACAGCACCACGCCCCUGCACGGCCCACUCCAGUUGGCUCACCUUCACAAGAGGCAGGAGAAACCAUGACUUCAAUUUCUCAGUGCUCAAUACUGCCUCGCAAUUUCCAGUGGUUACUGGAGUACUCUCCAGUCUUUCCCAUCAGUGGCUCAAAGGUACGAGUGAUUACUGACCCUAAUGAAUUUUAUAGAGUACUUCUCUCCAGGGCCAGUAGUGCAUCACGUCGAAUAAGUUUGUCUUCACUCUACCUUGGGACUGAAAAACUUGAGAAAGACUUUAUAUUGGCCAUGGAUAAUCGUGCUUCUAUUUGUAAGAACCUUCGUGUGCACUGGCUCUUAGAUUAUACUAGAGGCUCACGUGGUGACUUCAAUUCUAGGAAGAUGCUGCAACCUCUUAUCUGCAAAUACCCAAAAACAUUCACAGUGUCACUUUAUCACACUCCGGACCUACGUGGGUUUCUAAAAUGGAUAAUACCACAGCGCUGGAAUGAAACAAUUGGGCUUCAGCAUAUGAAGCUCUAUGUUUUUGAUGAUUCUCUUCUUAUAUCUGGGGCUAAUCUGAGUAAUGACUACUUCACCAACCGGCAGGACAGGUACUUUCUGUUCGAUGAUUGUCCUGAUCUUGCAGAUUUCUAUCAUAAAAUCAUUGGCACAGUCAGCAAGUUCUCACUGCAGUUGCAAAUGGAUAAUACUACUUCAGUUCUUUCAGAGACACAAGUGCACCCAUUCUUGGGUGAUUAUAAUAAAUACUGUUCAGCUAUGAAAGUGGCCUUACAGAAAGUUUGGACUCAAGAGUGCGGUAAAACGUCAGUCAGAUUGCUUCAGGCUUCAAAACGUCUUGCAGAGAAGGAUUUUAAUAAAUCAGAGGAAUUUUCAGGAGACUCUAAAUUGGACCAAAACAUGGACACUCUAGUGUUUCCAACUUUACAAAUGAGACCUUUUAAUAUUAUGAAUGAUAGUGUGAUAACGAAAAAAUUCUUAGCCACUGCUGAGAGCAAUUCGAGGAUUAAGUUAGCAUCUGGGUACUUUAACUUGACAGAAGAAUACAUGCAGUGCAUCCUCCAGCAGUCUUUAGCUUCCUGCAGUAUUCUCAUGGCUCAUCCCAAGGCCAAUGGAUUCCUUGGGGCUCGUGGGUUUGCUGGGGCUAUUCCAGCUGCUUACACUCAAAUUGCUAAGUUGUUCUUCGAGAGGUUGCAACAUGGAGGCCAGACCAAGCGCAUAUCUCUGUUCGAGUAUCAGAGAACAAAUUGGACAUUCCAUGCUAAAGGACUGUGGUAUUAUGAGCCCUAUCAGUCCUUGCCUUGUCUCACUAUGAUUGGUUCUCCAAAUUUUGGUUGGCGAUCCGUGAAUCGAGAUUUAGAAACUCAAGUUAUUGUGGCGACCAAAAAUUUCGGCCUCCAGAGUGCACUAUAUCACGAACAAGACCGUUUAUUCUGGAAUUCUAGUCCAGUGACCAAACAGACCUUUACCCAGCAGGACCGACUAGUUCCUUACUGGGUGCGCCUGGUCAUGCCUAUUAUUAAAGUGUUUUUCUAACAGCCCUCACUUGUUGUCUUAUAAAAUUUUACAUACUGUACAUUAUUAUAUUGAUGUUGCCCAUGAAGGAAUAUAUUAAUUUAGAUUUUUGUUAAAAAAUGUAUAUAGCUUUUAGUUAUUUAUAAUAAAGGGCUAUAUUUUACAUAAAUUUGU